AGCGCGCCGGACAGCAGCUGCACGCGUCAAGCCACACGUCGUCGCAUCGCUAUAAAUAAAACGGUCGCUUGUGCGCGGGUGUGGGUUCGCGCACCCCGAACCGCGUCGUCGGCUGGAUUGCACUAGAGCAGUACGUCGCGUGUACCUGUUCGCUGCGUACGAGUGUCGCACAAAGUCGACUGAGUCCAAACGGGGCGCCUACAGCGUUGAACGCGGCCGUCUAACUGGGGACGAAUCGGUGGAGAUUAAAAAUGUCGGUCAUAACCAUAUGUAAAGCUGUCGAAGAAAUGAAUACAUUUAAAAAUCAACCAAACACUAAACUUAUCAAUUCUUCUACUUUGACAAAAUUAUCAGAGAAAACAUCAUUAACUGUACCAUCUACAUCAUCCGUCCAGCCAAAUCAGAUAUUAUUAAUUAAUAAUGUCGAAGGACAACCCGUAUCUGGUAUAUUAUUACCUUCUAAUCAUUUCAUGUUAAAAUUGAAUCAAAACCAGCACCAACCAGAAUCAGAUCCUGAUGAUAACACUGAGCGUGAAUCUACAUCAAAAUAUUUUUCAAUGAAUAAGAGUGAAAAGAAAAUGUUUAGAGAAACAUUUUUUCGUACACUUCUCGAAUUUAUGCAUGAAAUUGUGAAGGAUGGUCGUAUUGUUAGUUCUUCUGAUCAUAUAUGGGAACGUGUUGCUUCAAAAUUAGAUAAUAUUCUUAAACCAAAAAGUAUUUACAACCGUUUUAUUCUUAAUAAACAUUCUUGUAGAACAAGGUUAAUUGAAGCAUAUCUUAAAGACCCUAAAAGUCAAACUACAGAUAUAUCCAUACUAAACCAUAUGAUGAAAACGGAUAUGCACCAUGAAGUUGUUGAAAAAAGACCGGGUCAUGUUGAUAAUGAAACAUUUUAUGAUGCUUUGUUCGUAUUCAAAGAUAAGGUUCUUAAGGAUGGAGAGGUAGCGCCAAGUGUGGAUUCUGUAUGGAAUCAAAUCUCAGCGCACUUAAACUAUGCUUUAAAGCCCAAUAGUAUUUACUUAAGAUUCAAACGUAAUACCCACAACUGUCAUAAAAAAUUGCUUACUCAUUGUAAACUUGACCCAUCUAAAGCCAAAACCUAUGACGUUCCUAGUCGAAAAUUUGUACCAUCCACAGAAAAGCUUCAAAACAAAGUAAAAAAAAAAAGUUUGAAAUUUGAAGAUCCUUCAAAAUUUUUCAAAGCAUUAUACAUUCAUAGAAAAAAAAUUAUACAAAAUGGUUCAAUAGCAAGAUAUAAUAAUUCUGUUUGGAAUGAAGUGGCAAAGAUGUUAGAUUACGCUUUGCAGCCAUCUGAUGUCCAUUCAAAAUUUAUUCGUAAUCAUGACUUAUGCCAGACUAAACUUAUUGAGGCAUGUAAGGAAGAUGAGAAUUUCACUCCAUUAGUCGUUCCAAAGUUAAACAAGCCUAAUAGUGUAUCUGAUGAAGCAUUUUUCAGCGUAUUAUGUAAAUAUCGUGAUGAUAUUUUACAAAAUGGGAGUGAAAUAGCUAAAUUUUCAAAUCCUGUUUGGACUCAAAUUUCAAGAGAUCUUAACGAUACGUUGAAGCCAGCAACUGUAUACUUCAGGGUAACAAGAAAUUCCCAAUUAUGCUUAAAUAGGCUUCUUAAACCCACUGAAUUAUUAACAGACUUUACUUGCAAAGACACAAUUAAUAAAGACCAGUUUUUUGAAACAAUAUGCUUGUAUAAAUAUUCAAUAAUGAAUGGUGAUCAAGUUGUAGAUUUAAGUGAUCCCGUCUGGAAUGAAAUUUCUCUUCGAUUAAAUUCUGAAUUAUCUCCAGAAGUCAUCUAUGACAUUAUUUCUAAGGAUAAAGAUAUGUGCAAAACAAAAAUGAUUCAAGCUCUUAAAACAGAACGUAGUGUGUUUUCCGGAGAACAUCCAGAAGUAUCUGAAAGUAUGACUGAAUUAACAACAAUAGUUGAAUGUAAUAUUUCCAAUGGAUCAAAUGAUGAUUUUAUUGAAGUAAUUAAUGAAUUUAAGGAUUCUAUUUUACUAGCCAAUGGACAAAUAGCUUUAAAAGACGACCCCGUAUGGAAACAAAUAUCAAGUCGUUUGAAAGAUUUGAAUGCAGAUGAUGUUUAUUCAUAUAUCAUUAAUGAUUAUAAAAAUUGCCGUACUCGACUUUUUGGUGUUAAUUCUGUUCCUAAAAGCGACUUAUUUGAAGCUAUAUUUGCACACAGACAAUCAGUUAUAAACAAUAAUAUUAUUGCAAAUAUUAAUAAUGCAGUAUGGACAAAGAUUAGUCAAAAAAUUAAUUAUGCAUUGAAACCCAGAGAAAUUUAUACGAGAUUCAUUAAAGAUAUUGAUGGUUGUCGUACAAAGCUGUUGAAAUCUUCAAAAAAAGAAUUUUGCCGUUCUCAAGGUAUUGAUAAAGAUAAAUUUUUAGAUGUGAUAAUUAACCAUAAGGACUCUAUACUUAAAAAUGGAACACAUGCUAAACCUAGUGAUCCAAUUUGGAGAGAAAUUGCAUCUAAACUGAAUUUUUUAGUAAAACCAUUAACUCUUUAUAAUAACUUUAUGUUAAAUAGACACAAUUGCCAACAGAAACUUCUAGAAGCUUGCGAAACAGAUAAAAAUGAAAUAACUUCUUCACCAAUUUCAUCAAAAAUUACUUCUCAGAUGGACCACGAUUACACAAAGGGUGAUGCAGACACUAGUUUUGAAGAUUUGAUAUCCAUGAGACAAAAAGUUGGCUAUGUACAAGAAAAUGACUUUAUUGGCGCUUGUUUAGUGUUCAAAAAUAGAUUAGUGAAAAAUAACUGUAUAGUUCCAUCUACUGAUAAUGUUUGGAAUGAUAUAUCGAAACAUCUCAAUUAUGCAAUCAAAGCUAAAACAGCUUAUUUGAGGUUUAAACGUAACACUCAUAAUUGUCAAGGGAAAUUAUUUGGAAAUUUUCAAUUAAACAAUGUUUUACAGGAAGGAGAUGAAGAUUCUUAUUCUGUUGAAGACCAAAGCAUUGAAGAUGAAAUGUUCUUUGAUGCAAUAUCAAUUUUCAAACAUUCCAUUAUCAAUAAUGGUGUUUUUGCUAUGGCGUCUAGUCCCGUUUGGUUAGACGUUUCAAAUUUAAUGAAUAAUUUACUUUCUCCCGAUGAAGCAUUUUGGAAAUUUCGACAAAACAGUGAUUCAUGUAGAACAAAAUUAAUUAAAAAGUGUUUAGCAGAUUGGACUAACGAAUCUUCUUCUGUAAUUAAAAAUCGAAUCCAAGUAAUUAAAUCAAAAGAAACAUCAUGGAAAGAAACGCUAAAAUCUGAACAAACUGCAAGGAUGGAGAAAAAAAAUUAUAUAAAAACAUCAAAUUUGAAUGAUGAUGUAUUUUAUGAUGCCAUUUAUAAAUAUAAAAAUGAUAUAUUUCAUAACGACUUGAUUGCAAGCUGUACAAGUCCUGUAUGGACAGCUAUAUCCAAAGAGUUAAACAAUGAAAUGGAACCAUCAACUGUAUACUUAAGGUUUAGGAAUAACAUGACUAAAUGCAACUUGAAGUUUGCAGAAGCCGCUCAAAGACACAAUACCUAUCAAUUAAAACAAAAACAUAGCCAAAUGAAAAAACAAAAACAAUUAUUAAUUGAAGAUAAUUCUAAUGAAUCAUAUGAUAAACAUAUAGUUAUGGAUUAUGAUGGCGAAGAAAUUAUAGAAAUUAAAUCUGAUAUGGAAAAGUUUAAAACUAAGGGUUACAAACAUAUCCAUAAAACUAUACCUAUGCAAAUAGAGUUGCAAACAAUUAAACAUGAAAAUAAAUGAAAAUUAUACUUUCAAUAAAUUCAGUAUAUUGGUUACAGCCAACAUGCAAAUACUAACUUAUAUUUGAUCUUAAUUUUAAAUGGAAUUUAAUAAGGAUCUCUUAGAUAAAUAUGUUUUUUUUUAAAUAUUAUUCUUUAAAUAUACAUAUACUUAAUAAUGACUGAUUAAUGUUACCUGUAAUUUUAAUUUAAUUUAUUUGUUUACCUUGUUUUUAUUUUUGUAUUCUUUCAUCUAACUAUAAGGUUGUGCAUUAUGUGUGUUCAAUAAUAUGUCCUUAUAAAUAAUUAAU